UGAAACUGGGCUCAUAAGUUGGUCCCCUCUUCGCCUUCGUUUCUCUGACUCGGUUUGGUUUGCAACACUGUGCCACUGAGCGUGGUCACAGGUCAUUGCAAGAUUUCAGCUUGUGUUCUUGCCUUGUACUGUACAAAAUUGGAAAUAGGGAUCCCAAGCUUGAGAAUUAGGGUUUGGUGAUUGUGUUCCAGGGAUGAAUAGUUCUGGUUUGGGAGGUAGUUUUUUAGGUGGUCCUGGUGGGGGUAUCUUGGACCUCGAAGUGCCAUUUCAUAGACACCAACAACAAUCCCAGAUGGGUCAUCCGUCGGUGACGGGACAGCAUCACUUGAAUAUGAGGACUGAUCUGGAAAAUGAUCACCCAAUUGGCCUCAUGGAACUCAAAGGGUCGAAUGCGGGGGUGAAUUUUGGUAAAGGAAAGGGAAUUGCUUCUUCUAAUCCUGCCAAUAGUAAUGAUUUGAGCGAUGAUGACGAUGCGGAAGAUGGGAAUUGCGAGAAUUUUGAUGGUGGGAAGAGCAAAAAGGGGUCUCCUUGGCAGCGAAUGAAGUGGACAGACAAUGUGGUUCAGCUUCUUAUAGCUGUGGUGAGCUGUGUUGGGGACGAUGGCACCAUUAAUGGCACGGAUGGUCAUAAAAGGAAAUCCGGUGUCUUGCAAAAGAAGGGCAAGUGGAAAACCGUCUCCAAGAUAAUGAUAAGCAAGGGUUGUCAUGUGUCCCCGCAGCAGUGCGAGGACAAGUUUAACGACUUAAAUAAGAGGUAUAAGAGGUUAAAUGAUAUACUUGGAAGGGGAACUUGUUGCCAAGUGGUUGAGAAUCCUACACUGAUGGAUUCGAUGCCAAACCUCUCGGCUAAGGCAAAGGAUGAUGUUAGAAAGAUACUGAGCUCAAAACACCUGUUUUAUAAGGAGAUGUGUGCCUACCAUAAUGGGCAGAGGAUACCAAACUUCCAUGAUCUUGACUUACAAGGUUAUUCUUUGGAUCAUGGCAGGGACCCCAGAGAUAACAAUGCCUCUGAGGAUGAAGCUGAGGAUAACAAUGAAAGUGAUGAUGAUGAUUUGGAUAAUGCACAUGGGGAUGGAGAGAGGGCGGAUGAGUUCUGUCAUAGAAGAAAAUCGAGCGAGGAAGAUUUCCAUUUUUGGCCACAAUCCAUUGAGAUGGAUAAAUUUGAAGUUGAAAUGGCAAGGGUUUUUCAAGACCCAACGAAGUCAGUGAGGGAACGAAGAGAGUGGAUCAAGAUAAAGAUGUUGCAGCUUCAAGAGCAAAGAGUGAGCUACCAAGUGCAAGCACUUGAACUCGAAAAACAACGAUUUAAGUGGUUGAGAUACUGCAGCAAGAAGGAUAGAGAGCUGGAGAGGCUGAGGUUGGAGAACGAGAGGAUGAAAUUGGAAAAUGAGCGCAGGGUCUUGAAACUGAAGCAGAAAGAGCAGGAAACAGAUUUAAGUAGGCCUGAGAUGUCCUUAGACCCUGCUUCUCUCGGAAUUAAUAGACCGCAAGGGAGGGAACAUUUCAACUUUAGCUGAAAGCAUUGUCUCCCCGGUGUUCAUCAUCGUUGCCAAAACAAUUGCCAAGCCAAGAAGACAUCAGAAUUGAGAGGAUUGAGAAUAAACGUUUUCCCAGUAUUCCACAACCAUGUAAUGACUGUGACUCAGAAAUGGAUGAAUGUUUCCUUAAGACACUUGAGCUUUGUUUUGACUUUGUAUAUUGUCAAUACAUUUAACAUUUUCAUGACUUAGUUUUAGGUUCUGUGACUGUAUAUUUUGUACAGUAAAAGGUUUGGUGUCAACUGUAUACAGUAAAAGAAUCAGUUACCAAUUUUAUUUGUAUUAGCUUUGCUUUUGUCAAGAAAAAUUUCAUGAAAGCAUGUAUCCACUUUCUCAUUUCUGUAAUUGAACCAUGAUAAUCACGCCAUUUUUGUUUUUGUCAACAA